CUCUGGCUUGUGAUUGGUCAGAUUAUGUGAUGAGUGAUAUAGUCAAUAAAAGAAAAUUCACAAAAUUAGUUCUUUAACAUUUAGAGAAAAAAUUAUGUUUCAUACGGCAGUCAAUCUACUACUUUCCUGCCUAGUAAAACAAAUAACUAUUGAGAACUCUGGAAAAUUCGACUGCUCCUUCUUCUGGUAGGAUGGAAUAACAAUUCAUUGUUCAUCAGAUCGACACAUCCUGUAUGAUACGCCAAGCAGCAGUCAAUAUCUGAUAGGUGAAUGUCAGAGGUUUACCAAAAAGUAUUUGAAUUUUCCGACUGAUGUAGACGAAUUGAAAAAUGGGGAAUAUACCGUUUUCAUGUGUUUCAGCAGCACCUUCUACAGAACGAGUCCAAUAUGACAUGACGCCUAUACAGAACAAAAAUUUACCGAUGAUUUGGUUAGCUGGACAAAAAAAUACUGGCAAAAAAACUCAUGGGAAUUUGAUAAAGGAAAAAUACGAUCUAGAAGUGAUCAGCAUCAGUGAACUUUUACGCCAAGAAGCGAUGAAUGACACCAAAAGAGGAUGUAUCGUGAAGGAAGCUUUAGAUACCGCAAGAAAAAUAAACGAUACUAUCGUGAUAGAUCUCCUCAAAGAAUCCCUUCUAAACUCCAACGACAACAUUAGAGGCUUCCUGAUCAGCAACUUUCCCAAGAACGCUAAGCAAGCAGACAUGUUCCUCAAGGAAAUCGGCAACGUCAAUUUCAUCUUCUACUUCUAUUCAGACACUCCCCUCCUCAUCGACAGAGCCAAAGAAAAAUCCGAUACCGAGCUGAACGAAGAUAACCUGAAGAAAGACAUAGCCAACGCUAACAGAGAUAUGAAAGUAUGCCUUGGAAAAUUCGCAUUGAAAAUCGAGAGUAUCAAUACGAGUAGCGCUCCAGAGGACGUUUUUCCCAAAGUGGAGAAUGCCCUCAUCAGAAGAUUAUCUACCAGCCGCCCCAUAGCAACUGAGAGUGAUUAUGUCCGCCCCCAAGAGAAGCCAGAAGAGAAGGAGGCGGAGCAAGAGAGAGGAGACCAACCCUAUGAGGAGAUAGAAUUAGCCGAUACAAACAAGAGAGAGGGAACACAAGAAACGCGGGAUGAAUACGAACCGGAAGAACUGGAGAAGAUACAAGUCGAGGAUGAAAGAAUUAACGAUGAGGAAGAUGACGCUUCAGUUGUCUCUGAUUCGGAAAUAUAAUGAGUGUUUCCUGUGGCUUUGACUGACAUAUCCUGAAAUUGUUGUUCUGAACAAAUUACUCUAAUAAAAUUUUUAUCCCAUUCAUGAGAUA